AGGACUCCCCACUCUGGGUACCAUCGCAUCGAGGGCUUCCCGAGGCCGUUCUUCGAGGGAUGGUACUUUCGCGUCACUCUCCCGGAGAUCCGCGACAACCUCAGCCUCAUCUACCACGUCUACGACCCGGACUUGCGUCGGAGCGAGCGACGGGGCGCGGGCGCGCAGGUGUGCACGCCGGGAGGGAAGUACAUCUGGCGCGAAUCCCGCGACGUGGAGAGGUUCACCGCGGCGCCGCACGAGCUCGCCCUGCGCAUGGACUACGCACACGCUGAGGGCGGUCCGGAGUUCUACGAGGUGGCCGCCGGCGGGAGCGUCCAUCGCGGCAGGCUGCGUCUCGGGGACGAGGUCAACGAUCCUUCCGUGUGGCCCCCCGAGAAACUCGCGUCCGAGGUGCGCUGGGACUUCUCCAUCGAGCCCGUCGCCGGAUACGGCGACCGCGGGAGGGCGACGUCCACCGCGGGGUGGCUGUCGUCUCUCCCGGUGUUCGAACCGCACUAUCAGAUCACCAUGGCGCACGGCCUGGCGACCGGUUGGAUCGAGACGAACGGCGCUCGAGUCGAAUUCGCCAAAGCGCCGGCGUACUCGGAAAAGAACUGGGGCGGCGCGGGUUUUCCCAGCAGGUGGUUCUGGCUCCAGUGCAACUCCUUCAGCGCCCAACCGGGUUUGAGCGUCACCGCGACGGGUGGUAACCGAGGCGUGGUCAUCCUUCCCGGGGUGAGGGAGGAGGUGGCGGCGAUUACGAUUCACGCGCCGGGGGGCGAUUUUUUCCCCUUUGUCCCCGUCGCCGGUGAGGGUGUCGAAGCCGCGGAUUUGACGUGGUCGGUCUCCCCGUGGGGUCGGUGGACGGUUCGCGGCGUGACCCCGACGCACGAGGUGGAGAUCGAAUGUUGGAUCGCGUCGGAGGACGACGUGGUGGGCGGGACGACCGUGUUACGGGCGCCGAUGGACGACGCCGGCGCGGGGAUGGCGCCGCUGUGCCGCGAGUCGUUUCGGGGUUCGAUGAAAGUAUCGCUGUGGGAGCGGGACGUCGCGGCGACGAAGGGGCGCGGGAGGUGCAUCCUGGACGGUGUCCAGUCGGACACGGCGGCUGUGGAGGUUGGCGGGGGGCCGUGGACCGAGGCUUGGGUGGGAUCCGCGGAGAUGCGCGAGCCGCUGGGGACGCUCGCGGGAGCGCCCGUGGACGUGGAUGCGGUC